GCAUCUCGACCAAAGCGACGGUGGGUCAGUUGACGGCGGGGGAGGAGAAGGAACGAGCGACAGCUGGACUGUCAGCAAUGGAAGCCGAGUUUCGGGAAAUCGAUGACAACAGGAUUUGGACCGCCAUUUACCAGGAGAUUCGACAGCAGUCCUGUGAGCUGCCCUGCAAGGUGGCCAAACUUCCAGAAAACAAGAGUCGCAACCGAUAUCGGGACGUCAGCCCGUUUGACCACAGUCGAAUAUGUCUGCAGCAGAGUGCCAACGACUACGUUAACGCCAGCCUAAUAACAGUUGAAGAGGCGCAGAGGAACUAUAUCCUGACUCAGGGACCCUUACCCAACACAUGCGGACACUUCUGGGAGAUGGUGUGGGAGCAGCGGAGUUGUGGUGUGGUCAUGCUGAACAGAGUGAUCGAGAAAGGAUCGGUCAAGUGUGCACAGUAUUGGCCCCACAGAGAAGAGAGGGAUGCCCUCUUUGAGGACACAAACUUCAAGCUCACCUUUGUUUCCGAAGACAUCAAAUCCUACUACACGGUCCGUCAUCUCGAGCUGGAAAAUCUUUCUACACUAGAGACACGAGAAAUUUUACAUUUUCACUACACCACCUGGCCUGACUUUGGUGUGCCAGAAUCUCCAGCUUCAUUCCUUAAUUUCUUAUUCAAAGUGCGGGAGUCGGGUUGUAUGAAUACGGACCGGGGCCCAGUGGUGGUGCACUGCAGCGCCGGCAUCGGACGCUCUGGAACUUUUUGCCUGGUGGACACCUGCCUCUUACUGAUGUCUAUCCGCAAGGACCCGUCGUCUGUGCGCAUCCGUGACGUUCUACUGGAGAUGCGACGUCAUCGCAUGGGUUUGAUUCAGACCGCAGAUCAACUUCGCUUCUCCUACCUCGCCGUUAUUGAGGGUGCCAAAUACCUUAAAGGAGAUUUGUCAUUGGAGGAAUCUCGGAGGGAGUUUUCAAACGGGGAAGAUGACCCCCCCGAAUUCACACCUCCGCCUCCCCUCCCCCCUCCAAGAGAUCCUCAAAACGGCAAAGUUGAGCCAUUGUUUGUCCCCAAGAAUGACGAGAUUGUCCGGCCAGAUGAAAUCCACAGUCUGGGAUCUUCUCAGGACUCGGAACCGCGGAGGAGAACUGCGGUCGCCCCCCAGCGUCCGCCUGAUGACGCCGUUCAGCUGGAUUGUCACGUGGGCGUCCACGGCCCGCUUUCCAAAGCUGAAGCCGGAGCCCAGCCGCAGCACGACACGGAGCGGCGGCAAGUGGCGGACGCCGUUCAGCAGUUAGUGGAAACCUCCGGCGAGGCCGACAGUUGGCCUCCCUUCCUCGCCAACGUGUGCCUGUGCACGGCGGUGGCGCUCAGCGCUUACGUCUGCUAUCGAGUCUUUUACCACUGAUGUCUGCUCGCCUCGGACCCCCCCCCCCGCCAAUAACUAUCCUGGCCAAAAUAUUGUUUUAAUCUUGAAAGCUCAGGGCCUUUUCAAGGUGUCGUGUCCCCGAGUUGGACGUCAACUUCAACACGCAAAGCAUCGCUUUCCAAAUCGUGAAAUAAGAGGCUAUAUUUAUGGGACCAUGCACAUAUUUCUUACGGCAUGGUUACAACUUGUGAAUAUGCAGAGUGACAUCUAAAGCUUCUCGGACAUAAUAAAAUGAAAGGGGGGGGGGGGGGAUGCCAGUGCAGAUGGGAAAAUAUAAAUGUACCCCAAGUGAACUUCAAAUGUUUUUUUUUUUUUUUUUUUUAAAUAGUGAUUUCAUUUACUAAGGGAAAAAGCAAAAGAUUCAAAAUUACUUGGCUCUACUUGAAAAAGUAAUGCCCCCCCCCCGCUAAACCGGAUAACUGGUUGGGCCGCUAACCGCUGCAAAAUUUGAAACCAGACGUUUGUCUUUCACAUCUUUGUGGAGAUACUUUGGCUCACACUUCCUUGGAGAAUUGUUUGAAAUUGUCAAAAAUGGAGCAGGGACCUCUUCAAGGCCAUUUCACUGCAUUUCAAUCGGAUUUAAAUCUGGAUUUUGACCAGGCCGCUUUAAAACCUUUUUUUUUUUUUUAAAAGCCAUUCUGAAGCUAACUUGCUGUUUUUGUAUAUUUUUUGGGGUGGAGGGGUGAGGGGGUGUUAAUCCCCCAGCAGAACCAAAGUCCUCUUCAUCUUGAGGUCAAACUGAUCCUUUUUUUUUUGUUUUGUUUUUGUUGAAGACCAGAAUUCAGGGUUCCAUCAAUCAUAGCUAGUUGUCCAGGUCCUGAAUGGGCAAAGCAGCCCAAGACCGUCGCACUACCACCACCGGGUCUGACUGUUGGGCCGAUGUUCUUUUUCUGAAACGCUGUGCUACAUUUACGCCAAAUGUACCGAGGCACACGGUUUCCAGAAAGCUCAACGUUAUCUCGUCAGUCUAUAUAAUCUUCCCCCAAAGGUCUUGGGGGUUAUUCAGAUGUACGUCUAUGGCAAGAAGUAAGACGGGACUCAGCAGUGGUUUUCACCUUGGACGUCUGCCACGGGUGCCAUUUUUGGCCAGGCUUUUCCGUGUUCUUGUCAUGAACGCUGACCUUAAUUUGAGGCCUACAGUUCUCUUGACUCUUCUGGAAUUUCUUUGCAUCGUGUUGUUUUGCUACAGCUUUUUUAGUUUUUUUUGUUUUGUUUUUUGGUCCAACUUGACUUUUUCGAGUGUGGUGUUUUCUGACCUGCUUAUCCUCAUAGGAAUACUGGAGCCUAUCCCAGCUGUCUUUGGGCAGGACUAUGUAUUUGCUCUCACCUUCACACCUACGGGCAAUUUAGAGUCUUCAAUUCACCUAUCAUGCAUAUUUUUGGAGUGCCCGGAGAAAACCCACACAGGAGAACAUGCAAACUCCACAUAGGCGGGCCUGGGUUUUGAACCAUGAACCCAAGACCUGUGAGGCAAACAUUCUAACCAAGCGUCCCACCGUGCUGCCCAGACCGGUUCCAUUUCUGUGAAUUUUUGAUUGAACAGCCUUCGCUCUGACCAAUGAAAAUAAUACAAAAACAUAAAUUUGCCACAAUUCAUUCAGUAUUUUAAAGGGAGGGGGGGUGUGUGAUUACUUUUUCACACAGGUCCAGAUAACUGAAUAAUUCUUUUUCAUAAAUACAUGAAAUUACCAUUUAAAAAAAAAAAAAAAAACGCAUUUUAAGUUCACUCAGGUUACAUUUGUCUAAUAGUUAUGUUUGGUGAUCUUAAAGUGGAGAAACUAUGCAAAUAUAUAAGAAUUGUAGAAGGGGGCCAAUAAUUUUCAUAGCUGCUGUCCUCUCUCACUCUAUCUUGCGGCCUCCCCUUUGUCCCUCCCUCCCCUUGAGCUGUAAAGUUCAUAGUUAUGUAUAAUUUAUACAGUUACAACCUGCUAAUUGGACAUCCAGUAUUGCAGAAAAUCUUUACAUGAAUCCGUCGUGAUGCAGGGACACGCGUCAAACCAGGGCUACAGCUCAGAGUUAUUUUAAUCACGGAUUCAUCUGAAAACAUUUUUUUCACUUAUUUCCAUCCCUUUACUCAAAUUGACAGUGCAGAAAAUGCAUGAACAAACUAAUCAGAAUCAUCUUUAUUCGCCAAGUAUGUCAGAAACAAACAAGGAAUUUGUGUCCAGUAGUUUGCGCCGCUCUAGUGCGACAAACAUGACGACAUAAAGAUGUGGCGAUAACAGUCACGGAGCAAUAAUGGCUGCAAUAAUGAAAGAGUUUUUUUGUGUGGGUGUGUGUGUGUGUGUCAUGCAGAGUCCUCUUAGCAUUUCCAGCACUUAAGAGUGCCUAAUAGAGCAAUAAUGCAGUGCAAUGGCCGUUGCGCGAAGGAUUAGAAUGGAUGCGGUUCAAAAUGACGAGUGGUACGAUCAUCUCUGCCGAUCGUUCAAAUGUGUCAGCUAUUCCUCAGUGGAUUGCGCAAGAGGCGGAGAUGCCGCUCGGGUACGAGAGGCUCGUAUUGGGCAACAACUGAUGUGCACACGGUGCAGAGGGCUGAGACUACUGCAGUGAGGGCACGAGUAAUUGAUUAUGUAUAUUAAUAAUUGGCCCCGUAGAAUGUAACAAACUCGAGACAAAAAUUGAAUUUUAACUUUUGUGUGUAAGAAGUUCAUUGCGAGGGGGAAGAAACUGUUGGAGCGCCGGCUAGUUUUGGUUUGCAUUGUUCGGGGGAAGGAGCUGACCAGGACGUGGCGGGUCCGAGAGGAUUUUGCCUGUGCUUGUUUUCAGUUCAGGUACCGUGUAAGUCCUUAGCGGGUACCGACAAUCCUUUCAGCAGUUCUGAUUGUCCGCUGCAGUCCGAGUUUGUCCUUUUUUGUGGCGGCAGCAAAGCGGACUGUGAUUGGAUGAGCGCUGUGUCGAACCAUCUCAACAGGCCAAGCUUCCUUAGGAACCGCAGGAAGUGCAUCCUCUGCUGCGCUUUUUUUGAGGAUGGAGUUGAUGUUUGUCUCCCACUUCGGGACCUUUGAGACUUGAAGGUCUCAGGACAAGUUGGACAGCGUGAGGUGCGUUUGUGGGAGAGGACGCCUCCUCAAGUCCACGGUCAGCUCUACGGUCUUGAGUGCGUUCUGCUCCAGCCUCUUCACAGGCUUGAUGAGGAUUCAGUUUUUGGUUUUGUCCGUAACACAUCAGAAAACGGGUAAAAUCAUUUUCCACAUUUAAAAGCAAAGAUUUGAUUUGAGAGAUAAUCAGUCUUUGGGUGUUGAUUUGGACAAUUUUUAGUUAAACGAGGUCUUUUAUUGACGAUUCAAUUAUAAAAAUAGGUGUUUAUUAAUUAGAUAAAUGAUUAGUCGUCUAUUUAUCGCAAUUGUUGCACCUGCACUUCAACACCCUCGCUGCAUGCGCUGUCAUACUCGAAUUCGCCUGCUGGGCAAUACUUUGGGGUCGUGUAAGUGUAGCCACACUAAUCUACAAAUGAUGAGAAGAAACCAAGAGAAAUUCAAAUGAUGCGGAAAUAAAAACGUUGUUUGACGAAGGUUGAAAUUUUCAUGGCGUGUUAAAACGUGUCUGCUGUCGAUUUGGUCAACGGGCUGCCAGAGAUGUUCGUUUUCUGCCGUUAGCUGAGUUUGGAUGUCACGUGCAGAGUCGGGAUUUUCUAGUACGAAGGAGGAUUUAUUUAUAAGGCAGACUGGGGGGAAAGGACCACGUGAAUAAAGUCGUUUUGGAAAAAAUUGACUUUAUUCUCUUUUACUGUGGCCUCUUUUGUACUCAAUGAUCGAAGCAUCUGUAAUGUCGCCCCCUAGAGGUGACAUUGGAAGAGUCCUCUGAGGACCGGCUACAGCAGGUCCCAUCACAAGUCCCCAGUCUUAUUUGUUCUGUUUGUAUUUCCCCCCCCCCCCCCCGUCCCCCAGAAACUGCUCGAUUAGAAUCAAGUGACACGUUGCUUGAAAAUCGUCCAGAUUAGACAGAGUUGCGGCCGUCAGAUAGAGCGAGCAAACGUGGGAGGGACGUGCCGCUGUGCCCACCAGAUAAGAUUUCAUUUCUGGGGUACUUUUAUCUGUCCCCUCCCCCUUCGUGGCCCCGUGCCUGGCUUUUGCGGGGUACAUCUCAAUAAAUUAGAACGUCGGCCAAAAGCCCGUUUAUUUCAGUACUCGCUCAUUUAUAUAAAUCCGUGCAACAAUUGGGGAAAGUACUUUUCAGGUCGUAAAUUCCUGCCAAAUUUCUACUUUUAAAAAAAAAUAUAUUUUCAUUGUUCUGUCGUUGUUUAUGUAACUUUGUAGAGAUGGUGAAUUUGGGUUUUUUUAUUUGCUGUAAGUUAUAAUCAUCAAAAUUAUACAUAUAUUUUAAAAAUGAAAUAUUUCAGUGUAGUCCAUCAGAGAUUCACAUUUUGUAUUGAACAAUUCACUGAAUUAUGUUUUUUUUACACUAUUGAGAUGUGCAAGUGUGUACUUAUCGAGCAUUCUACUACUGCUUGAGGGAGAUCUUAAGAAAUUUUAAUAACAUUUAAAUCCCCUGUAAAGUGAAUUCCAAGGUUGGUUUUUUUUUUUUUUUUUUCUAAAUUAUACAUUUCAAGGUAAUUGCUGAAAGCGUGCAUACUGGUACUUAUUGAGAGCUUUUAUUAUUCAACAAAUAACGUUGCCUCCAUUUGGCCCGAAACAGAUUACAAUGCUGUUUUACCGUCUACACGGAAAUCAACUUUUUUUUUUUUUUAAAUUGUCACAAUAAAAUAGUAACAUUUCUUUUCAUUCCAGUGAAUAAAAGUAAGCAUAAAACUCUUCCUCCAACUUCUUGCUCAUCCUGUUAAUGACGUUUAAUUAAUAAUUAAUCUUACUACAGAUUGUGAAAUGUUUUGGCUCUGCACGUGGCGUUCGCCACGACGCGGGACAGAUCUGGUUUAGUGGACUGCAGGACUCAGGCAGGCCCACCAGAAACCUGUGAUGAUGAUGAUGAUGAUGUAGUUUUUCAAAGUACUAUUCUUUGGAAGCAAUAUGUAUUUGCUUGGUAGAGAAAGUGGCCCCUGAAUCCUGUAUGCGGCCCUCAAGAAAAUCUUUUGGACGCCCCCUGUGCUCGAUGUAGUAGUGUUGAUUCAUUAUUAUUAUUAUUACCCCCCCCCCCCCCAUCAUAUGAGUGGUACAGGUAUUUUAUUGAGACUGUUGACACUGUUGUAAACUUGCAGAUUUUUGUAGUCAUUCAAACAAACAAAAACAAAAUUCAGGUUGUUAGCAACUUUUGUCCGUGGUGUGUCAAUUUGACGACAUAUUCACUUUAAAGGAAAACGAACGUGAACCGUGGUUCUUAUUUUUUUUCCUGCUCCGUCUUCUCUCAACAAUGCAAAUAUUUUGUAUUGCAGGGCAAAGUAUUAGUUUUAUAGUGUCUUUUUUUUUUUUUUUUGUCAAGUAAUUGGCCGGAGAACAGUCCAGGAUGUCCCCCGCCUCUCGCUCAACCUGUGAAUGAGAACAAGAGCUAUAAAAAUGAAUGCAUAAAUAAAUUGAAUUGGGGCGGGGGGGGGGGGGGGAUAAAAAUGGCUCCGCGAGUGUAGCUGGAGUGCAGUCGCUGUCAUGUGUGUGUGUGUGGGGGGGGGGGGGGCAAGUAAACGGGAGCCAACUAUUUGCAAGCAAUACAAACACAUCCUAUCCUGUCGCCUUUUUCCUUUUGAACGGGGAGUCAGGGAUUAAGAUCAACACCAGCGCAGGGAGAAAAAAAAUACACUGUAGUAGUAGCAGCGGUAGUAGUACUGGUUGUAGUAGCAGUAGUAAGACGGCGUCACCCUGAGCCGCAGCAGUCGAGUGAUUCUGUGGACUUUGAGCAUGUCGGCCGCUUUUGUGAAUCAACUGGUGUGUUCGAAAGUGACAUUCGCAAUGCUGCUAGCAUUCAACAAAAUGAGUCAGACAAAUGAAAUAUGCCCUUUCCGGAAGGUAUAAUUCUCCUAUUGAUGGAUAAACGCUUACGAUUGAUACGUAAUAUAUAUAUUUCAAAUCAGGUUUGAUUGUGCUGACUUUGUUUUGGUUGUGCUUGAUCAAGGGAUUCAACCUCAGCACCUCAAGUUCUCCGGUUUUCUAUGAUGAGCUUAAAAUGUGUAUUUUUUUAAUGUACAUUUGUUUGCCUUUUCAAAAUAAAGAAAUAUACUACCGAA